AUGUCUCUGGGGCGACUCCUCCGUCGUGCCUCUUCAAAAGCUUCCGACCUCCUGACCUUCAGUCCUGGUGGUGGCAGCAGUUCACCUUCCAUACUGGACGGGGAGAUUAUCUACUCUAAGAACAAUGUCUGUGUCCACCCUCCUGAACUGCUGCAAAGCAUCGGGGAGCAUCAUCCAGGCUACUUGUGUCUGUACAUGGAGAAGGAUGAGCUGCUGGGAACCACGCUGAUCCUCGCCUGGGUGCCCAACGCCCGUAUCCAGAGGCAGGACGAGGAGGCCCUGCGCUACGUCACCCCCGAGGGCUCCCCCGUCCGCAGGGCUCCCCGCAAGCGCGGCCGCCACGCGCAGGGCUUCGGCCUCGCCCGGCCCGCCUCCCCCACCCCCCCGACGGCGCCCGGCGGUGCCCCCUGCCUGCCCGCAGAGCAGAACAGGUCGGAGCUGUCACUGGAGGGGACAGAGGAAGGUCUGGACUGCAGACCAGAGCCAGGGGAGGACGAGGGCUCCUUGGAGCUGUCUGCUGAUGAUGUGAGCAGGGACAGCACUUUUGACUCUGAUUCUGAUGCCUUCUCUUCCCCCUUCUGCCUCUCUCCCAUGAGUGAAGCCCUUGGGAAAAGCACUAGCUCUGUGUUUCUGGAUAAUGAGAGCAGGGACACGUGUGACAAUGGCAUGACCUGCUCCACCAGCUCGGCCUCCAGCCUCGACACCAGUGCCCAGUUCCAGGAGAGUAAUGGGCAAAUGCAGAGCACCAGAUGGGAUGAACAGCAGAGAGUAUUUGCCCUCGAGCAGGUCUGUGGUGUCUUUCGAGUGGACCUGGGACAAAUGAGGUCCCUUCGCCUCUUCUUCAGCGAUGAGGCCUGCACCUGUGGACAGCUGGUUGUUGCGAGCAGGGAGAGCCAGUACAAGAUCUUCCACUUUCACCAUGGUGGCCUGGAUAAACUGUCUGAGGUGUUUCAGCAAUGGAAGUACUGCACAGAGACCCAUCUCAAGGACCAGCACCUGGCUGAUGAGAAGACCUGUAUGCAGUUCUCCAUCCGCCGGCCCAAGCUGCCCUCCUCGGAAACCCACCCGGAGGAGGACACCUACAGGCGUCUGGAUGUGUCUGCCUGGCUGCACCACCUGAACCAAGCCGGGCAGGUGGAGGAGGAGUACAAGCUGCAGAAGGCCAUUUUCUUUGGUGGGAUUGAUAUUUCCAUCCGUGGGGAGGUGUGGCCCUUCCUGCUGCACUACUACAGCUACGAGUCCACCUCUGAAGAGAGGGAGGCCCUGAGACUGCAGAAGCGGAAAGAGUACUUUGAGAUCCAGGAGAAAAGGCUUUCGAUGACUCCAGAGGAGCAGAAGGAGUUCUGGCGCAACGUGCAGUUCACGGUGGAUAAGGACGUGGUGAGGACUGACCGCAGCAACCAGUUCUUCCGAGGGGAGGGCAACCCAAACGUGGAAACUAUGAGGAGGAUCUUGCUGAACUAUGCAGUAUUUAACCCAACAAUUGGAUACUCUCAGGGAAUGUCUGACCUGGUUGCCCCACUUCUGGCAGAGGUCCUAGAUGAGUCGGAUACUUUCUGGUGCUUUGUAGGACUGAUGCAGAACACAAUCUUCAUCAGCUCACCCCGGGAUGAGGACAUGGAGAAGCAGCUGAUGUACCUGCGAGAGCUGCUACGGCUCAUGCACCCGCGCUUCUACCAGCACCUUUCUUCCCUGGGGGAGGAUGGUCUGCAGAUGCUUUUCUGUCACCGUUGGAUCCUCCUGUGUUUUAAGCGUGAAUUCCCAGAGGCUGAGGCUCUGCGCAUGUGGGAGGCGUGCUGGGCUCACUACCAGACAGACUAUUUCCACCUCUUUAUCUGCGUGGCCAUCGUGGUGAUCUAUGGGGACGAUGUCAUUGAACAGCAGCUGGCCACUGACCAGAUGCUGCUGCAUUUUGGCAACCUGGCCAUGCACAUGAGUGGAGAGCUUGUCCUCAGGAAGGCGAGGAGUCUGCUCUAUCAGUUCCACCUGCUGCCCCGCAUCCCCUGCAGCCUACAUGACCUGUGCAAGCUGUGUGGGACAGGAAUGUGGGACAGUGGCUUCAUCCCUGCUGUGGAGUGCUCUGGCCACCACCCUGAGUCUGAGAGCUGCCCCUAUGGGGGACUGGCCGAGGGGUCUUCUCCUAAACCAGGAAGUGAAGGCAAGAGAGGCUUGAAAACACGGGACGUCUUUGCCUUCCGAAAAUAGCUGUAGAGGAACAGGGAGCGACAGCGGAAGAGGGAAGGGCAGGAAGGAUGUGCAUAGGAAAGAACUUUGAAGACAAAUAUGGAGGG